AUGCCUACUGAUGUAACAAAAGAAACAGCUCCAGCUACUCAAAAGCAAGAUGAUUGUUUUGCUGUAGGUGACUGGCUAUAUGUGGAAUGCAAAUAUGAAAAGGCCCGAGAACAUUUUCAGAACGUCUUAAAACGGCCAUCUUUAAGUGCUUCUGAGUCGGGUGACUAUGUUCAAGCUAUUAAAUAUCAUCAUGAAGCACUCGACGCUGGAUGUCUCACAUCGAAUCCAACUGUUAUGUCAACUAUUUAUAAGAAUCUAGCUAACAUUCAUACAAAUACAAAGGAAUUUAAAUUAUCACGAGAGAAUUUCCAGAAGGCGCUUGAAAUUGAUCGUCAACGCCUUAGAAAAGAUCACCUACAAUUCGGACAAACCUACGCAAAUAUGGGGAAAAUGUAUCAAGCAGAAGGAAAUUAUAAGGAAGCGUUAGCUUAUUUUGAAAAAGCUCGUGAAAUAUGGCUCAAAACUCUUGCACCAACUCAUGUGUACAUUGAAAAGAUAGAAAAGAUUGUUGGCAAGAUGAAAUCGAAGUUAGUUCAAAUGGAUGCAGGUGCACAAACUCCAGAACAGCCUAUGAAUCACUUCGAUAUUCUUGCUCGAAACAACGUAAUGAUAAUUUGGUUAGAUGAAUACAUCGGUCGUGACGAGAAUUGUCGAGAACUCAAAGAGGAAUUUCGUCAAAUUACCAACAGUCUGAAGAUGGUAGAUUCGGUGGAGAGUUGUCGGCAAUGCUUAGAACAUGUGAAAGAUCGCAAACUCUUCUUUAUUAUCCAAGGCAAAUAUGCCAAACAGGUCGUUCCUGAAAUUGUUCAAAUCAUACCGCCAUCAAUGAAGCCGGUCGUCUACAUUUUCUGUUUCAAUAUGACAUACUUAAUGGAAUGGGCUCAAGAACAAGAAUGUAUAAUGGAAGGUGGUAUGUUUGAUCAUGAGAAAGAUCUAUUACUUAGACUUACCAACGACUUGAACAACUAUGUUAAACAGAAAUCAGUUGAAUAUGCAAAUUAUUUGCAACCGGAAUUGAUCUCAAAAUUUUUGGCGGAAUUGAAACAAAUGUUCGAGGGCUGUUGCAAGGUAAAAGACGCGCUUACAUCUCCCGAUCAGACCGACCAUGAUGCAAACCAAGCAACAACCAUUAUGGCACAAUGA